UGAAGUGCAGCUAAUGCCGGUGCAGACAGAUGUCCAGACGAUGCGCUUCAACUGGACAGAGGUCAUCUGUAAUGACACAGAGUACUUGCUGAAGUUAACAGGAAGCCUGCUGGGAGACAGCCAGGCCCAGUUUGAGGUCUCUUCUUAUUGGACGAGCGUGACAUACUUUGAGAUUCCUCUCCCCUGCGGUUCAGACUAUAUUGCUACAGUUCAGAGCAGGACUGCUGCCGGUACCAGUGAGCCAUCUGUGCCCCUCAAUGGAACAACAGCUCCUUGCCCACCAUCAGGAGUGGUGUACAGUGGUAACAGCUCCUUUGCCACAGUUUCGUGGAACUCCUCUGCGUAUGCCACCACAUACACAGUGUACGACAACGGUGUUAUGCCAAAAAUUGAGCUAUGCAACACUGCAGGGCUGUCCUGCUCUCUGUCCAACAUCAGUUCCACUGACCUGGUGAUCACAGCCAGCAACACAGCUGGAGAGAGUGAAACAGCAAGUGUCGCAAUAGUGGAAAUACAAAAUCGGAGGAGGAGAGAUCUCAGUGAACAAAUGCCAGAUGAUGCAGGAAUCCUCUCAGCUCCCAUGGUGGAUAUCACAGAAGCGACGUCAACGGUUAUUUUCGCUCAGUGGUCUCAAGUACGUGCCGCUUCCCAUUACAGCCUGUUCAUCAGGAAGCAAGGGGGCUCCAGUGAGGCGAUGGAAUAUACGGUGUACGGCGAGAGCAUCAUUCUCACUGAUCUGAGCCCCAACUCGAUCUACUGUAUCUCUGUGGAAGCCUGGAACUCAGCCACCAGUGGACCAGAGUCAGAGCCUGUGUGUGUGCAAACAGCACUGGGGCUUCCCCAGUAGGAAAACACUUAUGUAGACAAAGCUAGAGGUUUACACACAUCUCCUGGCUCAAAUGUGAUUACUGUCACUGAACGUGGCAGUGCUUUUAACUGCUUCCGAUUUAUAAUCUCUAGUCACUAAACAUACACAGCAAUAACUUUAGAAUCAGCAAUUAGCGUGGGUUCAUUUACAUUUUUACUGACUUCCAAGAGCUGCACAAUUAGUUGUUUGAUGAGGUGUAACACAAGGGAAGAUGUCCUCCAUACAACAGCCCAUACCCUGAGGAUGUUUAAGUUCCUCCAUUGAGCUAUAUCUUAUGUCUGCUGUUGGUUGAGGUUAUAUAUUUGUUAUCUGGGGCUAUGUUCCUCCCCCUUCUUAAAUUUUAUUUACUUAUGUAAAUGGUAUAUUAGUCAUACGAGGAAGUUAAUAUUGAAGUUAUUUUCAGGCUACAUUCUAAUAAAACUAUUAAAACUA